AUGGCUAAGUACAACCAGGUGUCACCCUCUGAGUUGUCGAAGCUGCACACCCUCAUCCGCACGUAUCACUGGAAGGGCGAUGCGUCAAACCUCGAGCCAAACCUCGGGUACAUUAUCGGCAAGUUCGAGCAGCUGAAGUCUCUCGAGGCUCAGCGCGCCAAGACCGACGAACAGCACAAAAAGCUGGUGUAUAGCUUAAACAAAACCGACAAAAUAGCCGCCGUCAAGGCCAUCCUGCCCAAGCAGGCAUACCAACAACCGUUGGCCUUCCUCAACCUACAGCAGCAAAACGAAGCAAACAACAACUUCGCUGCGUUUCAGUAGUUGCUGCGCAACGACUGUGACCAGAACCUGCCAAGGUCUGCACAGAACACAAACACGAGCAGCUCAGCUGCCGGCGCACAGAACGACAUUGUCAUGACCAACAAUGGCGAGUCUGUCAUGCCCCCCGUCGCUCACUCUGCAAUGACCCGCGAUGAGGUGAUGACCAACAGCAACUCCACCAAAUGCGACAUAUGUGGCAUGUCGAAUCACUCGACUGGGGAGUGCUGGCACCUGGGCAUAGCUCGGGAUGCUGUACGAGCCAAUAGAGCCCACACAGGCCGUGGUAGAGGCGGUCAAGGGUCAUCCAGAGGGCGGGGCGGACAGAACGGCAACGGCC